AUGUUAGCUCUUAACACAUCUGAAGCCCACAUAUCCACCUUUCAACUCAUUGGGAUCCCAGGACUGGAGCAAUUCCACAUCUGGAUAUCCAUCCCCAUCUGUCUCAUAUACCUCAUUAGCACUGUGGGUAAUUGUAUCAUCCUUAUUCUAAUCAAGACAGAGUCCUCACUCCAUGAGCCUAUGUACUAUUUUCUCUCUAUGCUGGCUUUUUCUGACCUUGGGCUAUCCCUCUCUUCUCUGCCUACGAUGUUGAAAAUUUUUUUAUUCAACACUACAGCAAUUUCCAUUGAUGCCUGUAUUGCUCAGGAGUUCUUCAUACACACCUUCACUGCCAUGGAAUCGUCAGUGCUUCUCAUAAUGUCCCUUGACCGUUUCAUAGCCAUCCACAAGCCCUUAAGAUAUAGCUCCAUCCUCACCACCAGUAGAAUCAUCAAAAUUGGAUUGAUAUUUGCCAUUCGAUGUCUUGUACUCAUACUCCCAUUUCCUAUCACUCUGAAGAGAUUGACAUAUUGUAAUAAAAAACUCCUCUCCCAUUCCUAUUGUCUCCACCAGGAUGUUAUGAGACUGGCCUGCUCUGACAACAGGGUCAAUGUUAUCUAUGGGUUUUUUGUUGCUCUCAUGGGCAUGCUGGACUUGGCAAUGAUUUCAAUAUCUUACAUCCUGAUCCUGAAGACCGUUUUGAGCAUUGCAUCUCAUCAAGAGCAAUUAAAGGCCUUCAACACCUGUGUUUCCCAUAUCUGCGCUGUCCUCAUUUUCUAUGUUCCCAUUGUCACCCUGGCUAUUGUCCAUCGCUUUGCCAAACACAGCUCUCCAGUUAUUCGAAUACUGAUUGCUAAUAUCUAUGUUUUGGUUCCUCCACUGAUGAAUCCUAUUGUAUAUUGUGUGAAGACUCAUCAAAUCCGGGAGAAGAUUAUGGGAAAAGUGUGUCUGAAAAAGACCUGA